UUUCAGAAUUUCGGCGAUGACAAUGUGGUGUCAGUCAUGGUAUAUACGAUGGCUUACAAUAUUAUAGUAAUCACCUCAUACAUAUAUCAAAUGAGUGAGAGCUUUAUCUUCCUGGUCAUGAAUCAUGAUGAAGAUGUCGAUCAGAUUAGAUAAAUAUUGAAAAGCUUAAAGUUUUGAUCUAAGUUAGUCAAUCUGAUUAGAUUAUCAUAAUGGUCACCACUACUUGGUACCACGGUACCGAAAUCGAGACGGGCUUCCAUAUCCAACACACAUUCCGAUUUCACCCAUGGAAGUAGUGGUGGCGAGCGGUCAUGUAACGCCAUUCAUACAAUUGCUGCCUACUUGAGGAAAGGCCGGUCUUAGUUUCAAUAAGUAGGUGAGUAGGUGAGUCCGGAAUUUUACAUCCUACCAUUCAUUUCAUCCUUGGCUAUCGAUGAAAAUUUUGAUCAGAUUAGAUAAAAGCUAGCUCAAUUAUCCCCACUCGAUCCCACUUGACCCCACCUACAUGCCUUUAACCAACUAAUCAACUGUCUCGGGUAAUACUUAACACAAUCGACCCAUUCAAAUUUAAGCCCACCUUGUCCAUGGACCCAUCAACAUUCGGUAAAAUGUCCACUCUUAGAAAAGAGGUGUGUUUGAAAACGUUUUCUGAUUGAUUGAUGUGCGUGGAAUACGCAGCUCUAAGCUCAUUCAACCUGCUUCUUACCUGCCUGCCUUACCUUGUAAGUUGUGUGUAUCAUUUCAUGAAUCUUCCUGUUACUCGCGUCCUAAUCCACGCCGAACCUCGUUGAUAAUCACUACGUUGAGGGACUUUAUGGGAUGCUUCUUGGCAGCUCCAAGCACGCGGCAGCAUGCGAAAUUUCGAACCUUGUCCUAGCUGCAGCUGCUAUAGAUGAAUGGGCAUACGUGUGGGUGUGAAUAGCCGUGUCAACAGUCGACGUCCUUCCAUUGAUUUCCAAAAUAUUUGCGGAAUCGACAAACCGCAAUCAUGGGGGCAUUAUCAAAAUUCAGACCUGGAUUUCGUCGAAAGGCUACCGAGGAUAUAAUUAAUGAAAGUUCAGAGGUAGCUAUGGCUGAUAUGCCAUCUUCAAACGAAAAGGAUGCUGCGAAGCCCGCAGUUACUGGUGCCGAUGAUACUAUCUCUUCAAGCAAUGCCAAUGAUGUACCAAUCUCAGAAGAAGCCGAAAAAGAUGUUUUACCAACCGCAACUGCACAACGUGGUGUUCAAGAAGUCGAGGCAGUGGCUUUAACAUGGACCAAAUCAAUGCUCAUUGCCGUUUUCUUAAACAUGUGGUUGCUUUACUUUGUUAAUGCCAUGCAAUCUUCAAUUUGUUACAACCUCAUUCCAUUCGCCACGAGUGCUUUCGAAUCGCAUUCGUUGAUCACCGUUAUUAACAUCGUUGCGAACGCUAUGACAGCUGCCAUUUACAUUCCACUUGCGAAGAUGUUGGAUCUUUGGGGUCGUGCUGAAGGAUUCCUUCUCAUGGUUUUAUUCUCUACCAUCGGAUUGAUCAUGAUGGCGGCUUGCAAUAAUAUUGCUACCUUCUGUGCUGCACAGGUCUUUUACUCCAUUGGAUUCGGUGGUUUGAUCUACAGUGUUGAUGUCAUUACUGCUGAUGUUUCAAAAUUAAAGAAUCGAGGUCUUGCAUACGCCUUCACUUCUUCACCAUAUAUCAUUACAGCAUUUGCUGGACCAAAGGUCUCUGAUGAUUACUACUAUAACAUCAGCUGGAGAUGGGGAUUUGGUACCUUUGCUAUUAUCUUGCCAUUUGUAGCCGCACCAUUAUACUUUAUUUUGAAGACAAAUCUCAAAAAGGCAAAGAACACAGGUGUUUUGGUUAGAGAGAGCAGUGGCCGAACUCUUACAGAAAACAUCUGGCAUUACUUUGUGGAGUUUGAUGCUUUUGGUGUUGUUCUCUUUGCCGGAGGUUUCACCGUAUUUCUUCUGCCAUUUACACUCGCCGACACUGCACCAAAUGGUUGGAAAACGGAUUAUAUCAUUGCUAUGAUUGUUGUUGGAUUUGUGGUCCUUGUUAUCUUUGCGCUUUACGAAAGCUACUUUGCCAGGACGCCUUUCUUGGACGUUAACCUUUUAGCAAACCGAACUGUUAUUGGCGCUUGUCUGCUUGAUUUGACUUAUCAAAUCUCUUACUACUGCUGGAACAGUUACUUCACAUCUUUCCUACAAGUUGUCAACAAUUUGACUUUAGCAGAGGCUGGUUAUGUGAGCGACACUUUUGAUGUUAUCUCUGGUAUCCUCCUUCUCGGAGUCGGUGUGUUGAUUCGCAAGACCGGAUACUUCAAGUGGCUUUUGUACAUUGCGGUUCCACUUUACGUCUUCGCUCAAGGUCUCAUGAUUUACUUCCGUCAACCCAACCAAAGCAUCGGUUACAUCGUCAUGUGUCAAAUUUUCAUCUCUAUCGGUGGAAGUGUUUUCAUCAUUGUCGAACAACUCGCUGUUCUCGCCGCUUCUGACCAUCAACAUGUCGCUGCCAUUCUCGCGUUGCUUUAUGUGGUUGGAAAUAUCGGUGGUGCCAUUGGAAACGCCAUUUGUGGUGCUAUCUGGACCAACACAUUCCCACAAGCUUUGGAGAGAUAUCUUCCCGAAUCGGCCAUGGCAGAUUUUGAUAACAUUUAUGGUGACCUCUCCACUCAACUCACUUAUCCAUUGGGAAGUGAAACUAGAAUCGCUAUUCAACAAGCAUAUGGAUAUGCACAAGAGAAAAUGCUCAUUGCAGGAACUGCCAUUAUUGCCUUGGCAUUCUUCUGGGUUAUGAUGAUUAAGAAUAUCAAUGUCGCCCAAAAGACACAAGUCAAGGGUACGGUAUUCUAGGUAUUCUAGGCACUCUCGGUAUGGAAGAUAGCUUGGAUUUUCACAGACGUAUAUUAUCAAAUGCCAUGUGGUAAUUCACUAGAUUUACCGCUUUUCUCUUGACCCUUGGCAGGUCCUCGUAAUUAACAUGUCAUAAUAUCAAAAGUUUUGGAUACCCUGCAAAGUAUUUCCACC